AUGGAUCCUCCUUCAGAAACAGAGCCCUCAAAGACCGGCAACACCCUCAAACCAGAAGCAGACGAAGAACCCGCCUCCGUCCGCUUCUCCCCCAAAGAAGAAGCAUCCCUCGUCGCAGAAUCCGCCACCGAGAAAACAACCGCAAAUGCCUUCUUCAGCAAAGGCGACUUCUCCUCCGCCAUCCAAGGCUAUAAUAAAGCCCUAGGCGUAUGUCCCACCUACCUCGAUUACGACAUCGCUGUCCUCCGCAGCAAUAUCUCCGCAUGCCACCUCAAAAUGUUAGAUUGGAAAGCUGCGAUCAGCUCCGCGACUGAGGCGUUAGAAGCGCUAGAUCGACUCGAUCCUCCACCUCAGAAACCCAAACCUGGCGAUGAUACCGCGGAGGGAGUGGUCGAAGAGGUGGACGAUGACACAGCUAGCAAGAUUGAGGCGCUAAACCGCAGCGGCCGCUCACGGGAUGACAUACAGAAGCUCCGCGCAAAAGUACUUCUUCGGCGCGCAAAAGCGCGACAGGAGACGGGUGGGUGGGCGUCGUUGCAGGGCGCGGACGAGGAUUACAAGGCGUUAGCUGCUAUGCCGAACCUGACCCCGUUGGAUAGGAGAACAGUACAAGUUGCGCUGAGGACGCUGCCGCCGAGAUUGGAAGAGGCGAAACAGAAGGAGAUGGGCGAGAUGAUGGGGAAGCUGAAGCAGCUGGGGAAUGGGAUUCUGAAGCCUUUUGGGCUGUCGACGGAUAAUUUCAAUUUCGUGAAGGAUGAGUCGUCGGGUGGGUAUAGUAUGAAUUUCGAUCAAGGGAGGUGA